AUGCCCAAAUAUGCAAAGUUCCUAAAAGACCUUCUAAAACGCAAGGAUAGGUUAGGAGAGGUUUCUAACAUCCCCCUUAGUGGAGGAUGUUCCGCCGUAGUGUUGAACAAGGUUCCGGAAAAAUUGAUGGAUCCGGGCCUUUUCACCAUCCCGUGCUUGUUUGGGAGUGAUACCGAGUGUAGGGCCCUAGCCGACCUAGGAGCGAGUAUUAACUUAAUGCCAUAUUCCAUGUAUGAGAGGUUAGGUCUAGGAGAGUUGUCGCCUACACGCAUGUCUUUGUCGCUAGCCGAUAGGUCCGUCAAGUAUCCACGAGGCAUUAUUGAAAACCUUCUAGUCAAAGUGGAUAAGUUCGUCUUCCCCGUAGACUUUGUCGUUCUUGACAUGGAAGCCGACGAAAAGGUUCCCAUCAUUCUAGGGCGUCCAUUCUUGUGUACCGCCAAGGCCAUCAUCGAUGUCUUUGACGGGAUAAUCACACUUCAAGUCGUUGAGAGUAGGAUAGACGAGAUAGCUGAGAAGGUAGAGGAGGUUGUUAGUGAGAGUGAAGAGGUAGACGAGGACAAGUGGGUCCCCGAGGUGCUAGAAUUGAGUGAAAUUAAGAGUGAAAGUGAGAGUACACCUAUAGAGAAGCCCGCCCCUUUAGAACUCAAAGUCCUCCCGUCCCACUUAGAGUACGCUUUCCUAGAGGUGCAUAGAGACAAACCUUAUGUUGAAUUGGGAGAAGUGUCACUUUAUGGUGACGGAGGGGAUAGUGUUAGGACACAAGGUGUCAAGAGAGGGUAUAUAGGUGGAUAG